AUGCAAUUUGUGCGCAAUGUUGGGUAUGGGUAUGCCUCAGGAUUUCUACCGCUCCUUAAGAACCAGUUGGCUCUAGGUACUCCUGGCGGCUCAACGGAUCAUACCAGUGAUUCCACGGACCACACCAAAGAAACUGAACAAGUGGCUGGAGAGGAAAGAGGACAGAAUAUACAGGGUGAUAGUAGUGCUACGCCUGCAAUAGAAAAUAUGGUCGAGUAUGAAAUAAAUCCAGUCACUGGGCAAAGAAGAGAUAUGGAAACUCCACAAAAUGCUCCAGAGAUGACAAUAGAAGAGAAGGAACGUGAAGCAGAAAGGCUCUUCGUUCUCUUUCAAAGAUUACAAGAGACCGGCGUCAUCCAAGUCGAGAACCCAUUGAUCCAGGCUAUACGUGAAGGUAGACUAGAAUAA